AUGGCGUUGGUAUCAUAUUCGGACUCUGAAGGCUCAGAUUCGGAAUCUACUCCCACUACUCAAGCUCCAGGAGAGAAGAUAUCUACCCUCCCCGCAUCAUCCAGGAGUACCACUACCAAACAAACCUUCCAACCUCUCAUUGACCGAAAAAACCCACGCAAAAUCCUUGUGAGCCUGCCCGAUGUGCAGGGAGAUAGCAAUACUUAUGAUGAUGGCGAUGGUCCUGCAAGGAAACGCCUCAGGAUAGGUACCCAAGGCGGUGGCGGUGCGUUUUCGGGAUUCAACUCUUUGCUCCCCGCGCCCAAGCGGAAGGGGCCUGUUAUUCAAACUGGAACAGAUAAGAAAGGGGAUGGGGUAGCAGCGGCACAUGCGCGCAGGAUUUCCAGUUUGAAGACGGGCGCAGAGCCAGGGUUUGAUAGGCGGGCUGAUGCGCAAAUGAGGUCGGAUCUUAAUAAUAAGGCUAACUCUGGGACAAAGGAGGGAGGUGGAGAAGGUACGAGCACAGGCAGUGGUAGCGGUGGUACUGGCGACGAGAUAACUGGCGCUUUUGGGGAGAAGGUAGAAGAGAAGCUGGCUGUUAAACCCAAGGGAAAUGCGAUGAUGUUCAAACCACUUUCAGUGGCUAGGGGUACCACGAAGAAAAAAGUGAAGACCACUGCAGCAUCGCCCUCUCAAGCUAUAUCGGGGGGAGGAAAGCCUGCUUCAGUUGUUGAGUCUGCUGUCACAAAGCAGCAGAUGAAAGUGUGCGAUUCCAUCGCUAAACCAGCUCAGAAACCAAAAGUUAGCCUUUUUGGACUUGGUAAAGAAGAAGAACAACCAGCACCUAUUCCACAGGUUUCCUCUUCUACCUAUAAACCUUUGGUAUACAGCGCACCAGCAGGAUCCCAACCCCCAAUAGCAACAUCAAUGGUACCUUCAGGAUCCCAACCGUUCGAUCCACCUGCGUCUAACCAACAACAACAGCAGCGGCAACAAACCCUUGCCAGCAUAGCUGAUGAUCUAAACCUCUCUCGCGCCGAAAAGCGCCAACUGCUCGGUCGCCAAGGCGCCUCUUCAUCUAAUUCCACUGGUGCAGAACAUUCCAACCACAACAUCAUCACAUUCAACACAGACCAGGAGUACUCCUCAAAUGCUGCAUAUCUCCUGUCAGCAUCAGAAGUUGAGCUGGCCGCCCAUCAACAUAAUCCCGUUCGUGCGAUUGCUCCGGGUAAGCACAGUUUGCAGCAGUUGGUUAAUGCGGUUAGUAGUCAGCGCGAGGCGCUGGAGGAGAGCUUUGCGACAGGAAAAAGGAAUAAGAAGGAAGCCGGAAGUAAGUAUGGAUGGUAA